AUGGUUGUACCGCGUCGCGCGCCUCUUCAUGGUGUCCGUCAGUAUGUGACGACCACCUCCGCGCUCGCCACAGUCCGACAGGCGCAACAUGGAAGAACUGCAGCCUACAGACGGUUACUGCCAUCGCCUCUCGUUUACACCUCCCGCCUUCCUCCUUUCUCACCUCGACUCACUCUCUCGGACCAGCAGCUAAUCCGAUCCCUCACCACCUCUCGAUUACAAUCGCAGCAACAACCCAAAGCUGACCCUAAAGAGGAAGUCCGAGACCCGCCGCGGGACGAAAAGCCUGAACAAGAAGCCUCGGGCGAAAAGGAACAGAAGGACGAGAAGUCAGAGAAGGAACAGAAGGAUGACAAACCCCCUCCACCUCCCCAUGGUGACAAGACUCCCUGGCAGGUCUUCACCGAGACCCUGCGUUCAGAAUUCAAAGCGUCCAAAGAAUGGAACGAAUCGACCAAGCAGCUUUCCGGCUCGGUCCAGCAGUUUACUGAAUCUGAAGCCGUGAGGAGAGCACGAGAAGCCUCUGAAGCGGCAACAAAGGGAACUUCCCAAGUACUGAAGAGCACCGCCAGUGCCAUUGGCUCGGGUGCAGCAUGGACCUGGGAGACCCCUGUCGUACAGGGCAUCCGGAAAGGCGUCAACGCCACGGGUCGCGGUAUUGAAAAAGCAACUCGCCCCAUUCGAGAGACAAAAGCCUUCAAGGACGUCUCAGAAGCAGUCGACGAUGGCAGCAGUUCCAGAUACGGCGGCUGGAUCGAAAAGGAAGAGCGCAGAAAGCGAGAAGAAGCGCGUAGGUUGAGGGAAGCCCAGAGUCCUGAAAAGAAGCAGGAGCAGAUGGUUGAGGAUCCAAACGCCGGCACCAACAUCACUGUGCACAAAGACUCUGCGUGGCGCGAAUCCUGGACCAAGUUCAAGGAAAACUCCAAACUCAUGCAAUCGCUGUUCAACAUGAAGAAUACCUACGAAGAGUCCGAAAACCCAAUCAUCUCCACUGCACGCUCCAUUUCCGACCGGGUCGCCGGCUUUUUCGCCGAGAAUGAAACAGCCAUGGUGAUCAAGAAAUUCAGAGAAAUGGACCCGUCAUUCCAGAUGGAGCCGUUCCUGCGGGAUAUGCGAGAGUACAUUUUGCCCGAAGUGUUGGACGCGUACGUUAAGGGCGACGUGGAGACACUCAAGCUGUGGCUUUCUGCAGCCCAGUUUCAAGUCUACUCUGCCCUGAUGGAACAGUAUACCAAAGCCGGGUUGAAGUCCGAUGGACGGAUUCUGGAUAUCAGACACGUCGACAUUCUGAACGCACGACUGUUGGAGCCCGGUGACAUCCCAGUCUUCAUCAUCACGUGUCGAACACAAGAGGUCCACGUCUAUCGGAACGCCAAGACCAAUGAAUUAGCCGCAGGAAUGGAAGACAAGGUGCAGCUUGUCACAUACGCCAUUGGCGUGACGAGACUACCGGAAGAAGUGAACAAUCCCGAAACCAGGGGAUGGAGGAUGAUUGAAUUGCAGAAGGCCGCCCGAGAUUAUAUCUAA